AUAAGGCAAUGUUUCGGGGAUUCUGUACAAUUUCCAGUCUGGCUGCAGCAUCAGUACAUUAUGUCGAAUGGUUUCGUAUAUAAUGAUACGAAUUGCAGCAUGAUGUAAAACCCCCGCUCAAGACUUGGACUUUCUCUACAAGUCGCGUCACAAUUGUGUUCGUACACGCAUUCAGACAAAAGCCUAUCCAGACCUCGUGUCUGCACUUCUACCGAAGUACCAAGGAUUCUUUUGUUGUUAUUUUGUUUCGUGAAUCCGUGUUACGAUGGCUGCCGCUGCUGCUAAAGUCAUGGAAUUGCCUUGGUGCCAAUCCAUGGUUCCGAAGGAAUUGGAGACAUGGUAUCACAAGAACAUCGCAGACGGGACCACUGAUUUCGGCAAAGACUGCCGUUCUGCCAUUAAUAAGGUGGUAAAGUCCGUCCAGAACAUUUGCUCCACGAACCGCCUCCAGUUUACCCUUAGCAGGGUUGUUAAGGGUGGCUCUCUCGGUAAAGGCACUAUGCUCAAAGAUUUCUCUGAUGUGGACCUUGUCGCCUUCAUCAAACCGCCCCGAUUGAGAUCGUUCCUGGAUUUGGGCCCAGCCCCAGCGGUCUACAUACAGCAGCUCGACGGGAUCAUCCGGGAGCUAGAAGCGGCUCUGAAACAACUCCCCUUCGUUGAGGGCAUUAACAGGAACGUCUUCAUGAUCAACUUCACCAUCAACAACCUCGGCCCAGGAGGACGGUCCCUGGGAGUGGAUCUGCUGCCAACUGCCAACUGCGGUUGUGGGCAUGGCCGAGCUCAUGCCGACAUUUUCCGAGCCAUGCUGGCGUUGCCCAGCAGCUACGACCGGAAGUUCUUCUCUGCCUCACUGGUCGAGCACCAGCUGCGGUUCAUGGAGCAAAUACCCGGCCACGUCAAAGCCCUGAUCCGCUUGGUGAAGUACUGGGCUUACAAGUGCCUCCCGGACAAGCUGCACAAGUCCUACCCGCUGGAGCUGAUCACCAUCUACCGCUGGAAGAACGCUGGUGAGCCCCAGCGCAUCAGCAAGGCCCAAGGGCUGAAGGACGUGCUGCAGGUGCUCAGCAAUUUGAGAGGGUUGCGGCACUACUGGACGUUCCUCUACGACGCUGCACUGGCGAUUCAGGCCAUCACUCAGCUCGGCUGUGUCAAUCCAAUAGUUUUGGACCCAGCCAAUCCAACCAAAAACGUGUGCGAGGUUUACAAGGAGGGCAACAACAUCAAAACGAUCGAGGACGCCGCCCACGACACCCUCAAGUCCAAUCUUCUCAAGGACGUCGUUGUCUCUGCCAACUGGACAAUUUGCCGCCCCACCCCCACCCCCGGAAAAGCAACCAAAAACAAAAAAAACAAAAAAAAGUAGGGGAAAAAGCGGGGGCAAAGGAGGGACAAGAAAGAAAAAGCAGGCGCGAAGUUAUAUUGCUGUUAAUUAAAUGGGUUGCGGGGGAGGCAAAACGUCCCUGCCCACCCUCGAAAAUGAUAAAUCAAGAAUAUGCUUGAAAAUAACCACAAUGCGCUUUUGAUAUCAUUGUUCUCAUGAAUUGUUUCAUGAAUAAAUAUAUACUGGCCGGAUCGAAACUACAGAAUUAUUCAUGACUUGGACGUAACCAUCCUUGGAAUAAAAAUUACGCUGGCAGACACAAGAGGGCGCUGUUUGAUUUUGGUAAAGUUUACCCAAACCAAAUAGCGCCCUCCUUUUGCAUUUAUUGUGUCAGCUAUAAAUCAAUGUGAUCAACCGUAUCUAAGGCCCCCCAAAAAGUCUCCGGUUUCUGGUAU